ACUUACACCAUGAUUCAAUAAUACAAGGUUGGAUAACCUGACAGUUGUCUCGCUCCCGCAUUCUGCCUUAACCUGUGUUGCUUUUUUUAUUUAUAGCAACUACUAUUAAAAUACAUGGAGAAGUAUGGUCUUCGUAUGAAAAGUUCAACAGGCAACACUGCCGAUAUUUUCAUCGAUUGUUUCUUGGAAAUUAAGUUUCUGUGUGUCCGCCGACGUUUGGCUGGUGCAGCCCACUCGGAACUACAACUGCAGCGAUUUAUUUGUGCAAGUGCAGCGGUUGCAUACUUGCAACCCAGGAUCACUGUGUGUUCGUCCGUGGUCGCUGGUGCAGGUCAUUUUACAACUGCGUCCAAGUACGAAAAGUGGUAUAGAAGAAACAAGGAGGAUGCUGUCCGCAUCCGAAAAUUUACAUUUUUGAAAAUUCAAAUGUAAUUCAGUAUAAGAUGUAAUUUUUCAAAGUAACAAAUAUAAUAAUUAACGAGACUGAUUGGAGAAAAAAGGACAAAUCAUUACCGAAAAACAAAAAAAAAAAU